CGGCAUUCUAAUUUUGCUUUUGAAGAGAAACAGGCACAAACGAAAACAAGAGGGAAACGACGUAAACUCUUGGUUAAUUUGGAUAAAAAAGAAUUUAAAGGCUGUAUGUGUCAUAAGAAAGAAGAAGGCGAUAUAGGAAACACAAUCCGAAUAUGAAAGGAACAGAUUCCCAGUCUGAAAUAGUGGAAGGAUGCAGAUUACCUGUGCUGCUGAGAAAUGGAGAUGGAUGGCAUAUGGCUGAGAUUUUGGGGAAGAAAGAAACAAAUGGAAAGAAUCUCUACUACAUACACUAUGAUGACUUCAACAAAAGGUUAGAUGAAUGGGUGACAGAAGAGCGGAUGGAUAUUUCCAAGCUUACGCAGCCAUCCAAGGAGGCAAAGACACCAAAGAAGGAAGGGGUAAAAACGGGGACGGGGUCAAGGCCAGGUACCCCCGAGAGAGAAGUAGUAGUAAGUACAAAUGGCUCGUCUGGGAACAAGAAAUUCAGUGUUAACAGGAAGAGGAAGGGAGGGGAGGACACGGAGAAUGAAGACGGAUCUAAGAAACCUAGACAAACAGGAAGUAUGGUAGCACACCAUGAUGACAUAGUGACCAGGAUGAAAAAUAUAGAGAUGAUAGAAUUAGGAAAAUAUAGAAUACGUCCCUGGUACUUCUCCCCUUACCCUCAGGAAUUAACAUCAUUGCCCAUUUUGUACAUUUGUGAAUUUUGUCUUAAAUAUGUGAAAAGUAAAAAGUGCCUAGAAAGACAUAUCCAAAAGUGCCUCCUACGAUAUCCCCCUGGAAAUGAAAUCUACAGAAAAGGAAACAUAUCAUUCUUUGAAAUUGAUGGGAGGAAAAAUAAGGCAUAUGCUCAGAAUCUCUGUCUCCUGGCCAAGCUCUUUUUAGAUCACAAGACUUUGUAUUAUGACACAGAUCCCUUCCUUUUCUAUGUAAUGUGUGAACAAGAUGUCAAAGGAUACCAUAUUGUGGGCUAUUUCUCCAAAGAGAAGGAGUCGACAGAGGAUUACAAUGUGGCCUGUAUUCUUACUCUACCUCCCUACCAGAAGAAAGGAUUUGGAAAACUCCUCAUAGAAUUCAGUUACGAGCUGUCUAAGUGUGAGGGUAAGACGGGAUCUCCGGAGAAGCCCCUGUCUGACCUCGGCCUGCUGUCCUACAGAAGCUAUUGGUCUCAGACUCUGCUGGAAAUCCUCAUCAACAUGACGCCUUCAGAGGGAAACGAUAGAGCGGUGGUCACCAUCAACGAAAUCUCAGAAAUGACAAGCAUCAAAAAAGAGGAUGUGAUAUCCACCUUACAACACUUAAACCUGAUUAACUAUUACAAGGGGCAGUAUAUCAUCACUCUGUCUCACGAACAGAUUGACACUCAGAUGAAAGCUAUGGAAAAACGCAAGGUACGAAUCGACCCCAAGUGUCUACACUGGCAGCCUAAAGACUGGAGCAAACGGGGGAAGUGGUGAGAGAAGUCGUCUGAUUGGUGGAAAGUGGUGAGAGAAGUCGUCCAAUUGGUGGAGAAUGUGUAAGCUUGGGAAAUGAUGAUUCAAGUUCUGAUUGAUGGAGAAUGUGAUAAGUUGUAAAAUACCAUCUGAUUGGUUGUCCACUUCAGUCAGCUUGCAUUGAGUGACCAACAUCAUCAUCUUUUAUGAGUGAUUAAAAACAGUGUUAGCUUUUUAUGGAGAGAUGCAAGAUUUUUUUUGAUUUUCAUAUAAAAAUUUAACUAAUGUCAUUUAGCAUGUUUAGGGUAAAUGAAAUUUGUUAUUUGAAUUUUUAUAAAUGAAUUGGCAGAAGUUUCACAUGGUUUCCUUUUAGACAGUCUCUUUUGUGGAUCAAUUGUUUUCCAGUAUAUUUGUCAUGUUAACUAAUAAAUAAAUAAAAUGAAUGACAUCAUAUUUUAAAUUUUAAGAUUAUGGUAAAGUAGCAGUUUUAUAUAUGUUCAAACACUUGUGACAUUGGAUGGAGUAUCUCUCUGUGACUUACUAAGUACAGAUUUAUAUGGAGAACUAGUCCUGUACCUAUAUAUGCAGAGAAUACUAGAUUUCUAUAAAUGUUCCUGUACACAGGGAAUCCAUGCACAGAUUAUACAUAAUAAACAAGGAAAUGCCAGAAGAUACAUGUCAUGAACACUGUAGGUAUAGUCUUGGUUCACUUUCUUGUUCUAGCAUAAUGCAUAAGGAACCAAGACAUAUACAGGUUAGUGG